GACUGCAGCAUUUCGUAAUGUUUAACCUUAUUUGAUAAAAGGACUGGAACUGGCUGUGACUGCAAGGUGAUUGUACAUGGUCUGAACUUCCUGAUGCUGGAUUAUGCUCCAUAUUGGGAGUGUCAAGUGUAGUUUUCUCCUGUGUCUCGGAAUCAGCAUCUUCAUUUGCUCAGUCAUCUAUAUCAAAGGCCAGCCAUCCUAUGCUCUCAAGGUGCCGCAGCGUGCACUGAGAUGUCGCCCAUUUCCUCAAUACUGCAAAGCUUUGCCCCCCAGCUUCCCUUACACGAGAUGGCAAAGAACAGAAUGCCAAGAGGUGAGCUUCUUGGAAGGUCCACUGAACUGCUCCAGAAUGCAGUCCGAGCUUCACUUUAUCAUGACGCCUCUGAGCAAAGAAGAGGAAGACUAUCCUCUGGCCUUCAUCAUCACCAUUCACAAAGACCUAGAAACGUUUGUGCGUCUGCUGAGAGCCGUGUACGCCCCGCAAAACAUUUACUGCAUUCACGUCGAUUUCAAAGCUUCAGAAGAGUAUAAAGCAAGUGUUGAACACCUGGCUGAGUGUUUUCCCAAUGUCUUUCUUGCCUCGAUUAGCGAGACAGUGACCUAUGCUGGUUUUUCUCGCUUAAAAGCAGACAUCAACUGCAUGAAAGACCUAGUAAGGUCAACAGUAAAAUGGAGGAAGGUGAUAAACCUGUGUGGCCAGGAUUUCCCUAUCAAAAGCAACCUGGAGCUGGUCCGGUAUAUGCAAGCAGCAGAAUGGAGAGACAAGAAUAUGACUCCAGGGGUCAAGCAGCCAGAGUACAUGCAACACCGGACACAAAUACAAUAUGUAGAAGUUAAAGGGCAGUAUGUGGCCCCUAGGGGCCAAAGAAACAAAAAGAGCUCUCCUCCACACAACCUCCAGCUCUACUUUGGUACAGCCUACUACACUCUGACAAGAGCAUUCGUGGAGUACGUACUCAAGAGUACAGUGGCCAAAGACCUGCUCGAAUGGUCUAAAGAUACCUACAGCCCUGACGAGCACUACUGGGUAACCCUUAACCACAUGAAAGACGCACCAGGCAGUAAAGUAAAUGGUGGAUGGGAGGGAGACAUACGGGCCAUUAAAUGGAAAGAUCAAGACGGAAAAUCACACCAAGGAUGUAACGGAAGCUACGUCAGGGACAUCUGUGUUUACGGAAUAGAGGACUUACCCUGGAUAAUCCUGAAGAAUUCGAUGUUUGCUAAUAAGUUUGACAGCACUGUUUUCCCUGAGGCUCUGGACUGCAUUGAGCAGUGGCACAGGCACAAAGUUCUACUGCAAGCACUAGUGCCCAUUCAAUUAUCAUGGCAACUUGCAACAGAAGUCAAUAUCAGCAGUGUCUCCGAAGCUAUUUAAAGGUCACUAU